UCUUAAUGUGGUGAGUAAAAAGAAAAUGUGCGCCGUGCAAUAAAGCUUAAAGUAAUUUUUUUUAAAAAGUUUAGAAAAAUAAAAAAAGUUUAAUUUUGAGCGUAAAAUAGAAAUAGAAUGAAUGACAAAGCAGCUAUAACAAGAAAGCUACAGAAUAUUGGUCGCAACGAACAUAUUCCAAUUAAAAUCGAACUUGAUAUGAAAGAAAAAUAUGAUGUAAUAAAGAAGAACGGUGAUUUGAAUGAAAAGUCAACUCAGACGGGUAAUCCGGAUAUUGUAUCGGCUUUAAAGAAAAUUGUUUGCGAGCAAAUUGCCUACCACAAAGAAAAAUGGCUAAACAUUGAAUACCAGCAUACAUGUUAUGAUGAACCGUUUGUUAAAAACCUCCUAAAAGAAAAUGAACAGUUAAAGAAACAAGCUAACAAUUUAAAAUCAAAAUUAGAAGAAUUAGAAAAUAAUUCCCUUAAGAGACGACCACGAAGCGUUCCACCAUCGUCUCGACCUCUGAAGAUCGCAAAUAAAUCCGGUCCGCCUCCAUUGAUGAACGGUAAUGACAUCUCCAGUGAAAAUCCCCAGAUGUAUGGUAACCAACAGCAGAAUAUUCCUAUAGCACCAAAGGAAAUGACUGUAAACCACUUUAAAACGCCUGUACAGAUGGUUCCCCCUGUUCAACAAGCACAACGUAUGCAGAACAACGAACAGUUUUUCUUUGUUGAUAGCAGUCAGAUUCUAGGGAAUGCGUUUGCAAGCAACACGCAAGUGGUAGCUGCCAAUCAAGGACUUCGAAUGACAUCCAUACCUCCAGGUCUACGCAUGCAAACAAUGAAUACAUCCAACAUUUUUAGUAAUAUGCCGACACGCGUACAAAGCUUUAACAAUCAGAAUAUUCGUGGUGGUAUAUUAUGGCCACAGCAACAGCAAAUACAGCUGCUGCAACAACAGCAACAACAACAACAACAACAACAACAGCAGCAGCAACAACAAACUCAACAGCGGUUAUUAGAAUCAAAUAUGCUUUCAAAAACUCAAACUAUGCUAAAACCCACGCCUGUAAACAACCCUAUCCAAUUACAACAAGUGCCGAAUCUAGUAAAACCAUUGUGCCUGUUACCUAAAUUAAAAGCUAGUAUUACAGCCAAUGGUAGUUCUGGUAUUAUUCUAACGUGGGAUUACGACCCUCCAAAUCAGAAUCCGAGUCAGUUCAAAGUCGAGUGCUAUCAACUGUUUGCACAUCAGGCGAAAAAUGCUUGCGUUAAACCUCCUCAGGACAUAAAACAGUGGAAAAAAAUAGGAGUGGUCAAUGCAUUACCUCUGCCUAUGGCAUGCACAUUAACACAGUUCGCCACUGGCAAUGUUUACUUUUUCGCUGUUGUCGCGGUUGACAUUCAUGGACGUGAAGGAGAAAUAAGUAAUCCUUGCAUUAUCAGGCUUCACUUAAAUUCAUAAGUGACUACAUAAGUCACAAUUCGUAUUAAUUUAAUCUCAAAAAAUAUUUUUGUAAGAAAAUGCGCCACUAAUACAAAAGAGUCAAUAGUUUUUGCGUGUUACAGCCGCUACACUCCGUAGAUAAUUACAGCAACCUAAUUUCGAGCUAUACCUCAAAUUUAGCAUCAGACCACUGAAUGUUACAGGUUUGUUUCUGUCUUUCAGUCCUCUAUUGACACUGCAUUGGAUAUGUUACACUUUCAAUCUUGUUACAAAGUCUUUACAAAGAAUCUUUCCAUAAAUGCCAUUUUCAUAUGCAUGUUUUGAGAUUAAGUUAUUUUGAAGUGGCGUUAAGCUUUUGUAAAAAACACCUGCUAAAGAAUCCUAAAUAUUUUCAGGAAAGGUUUAAUUAGCUACUUGUAAAAGUUUAUGUAAAAAUGUCCUAAUUUUGUGAAAAGGUGUUUUUAAACGUACUUACUGUGUGAUUGGUUUUUAUAAAAUAAAUACAUUGAUGUACUGUAUAUAUUUGUUAAUAUUGUAUAAAAUACUUUUACCAAUUGUU